GACCAGCACAGGUCACAUUACCCAGUCCAUUCCUCAGCCCUGUCCACUAAAGGAUACAAGACCAACCUGAAACACCUGCGGACACUUCCAAAACACAGGGCACCAUGUCACAACCAUUCUUUCUGACAACAAGGGAGAGGAAGAUGCAGGCAGCGGCCAUUUGCAGAGAGGUUCAUGGUGCUGAUGAGUCGGAGGUGGAUGUGGGGCGGAAGGUGAAUGCACCUAAAGAAAUUAUGCUGGAGGAGCUCUCCUUAGCAUCCAACAGAGGAUCUCGGCUCUUCAAGAUGCGUCAGAAACGCUCAGAAAAAUACACAUUCGAGAACAUUCAGAAUGAAGCAAAUGCUCAAAUCAAUAACAGUGUGAUUCCUGCUGUACCAGUUAAUGAAGCCACAGAUAUCAAAACCAAUGUUAAUGGUGUAGCUGACCAGGCCGAUCCAUGUACUAGUCCUGGCAUUAUGGCCCCAGGAGGUCCUUUAAAGGAUGUUCCAGCAGAGAGGUUCAACUGCACAGCCAUUCCCAAAUCCUACCACUCUCCAUGGGAGCAGGCCAUCAGCAGUGACCCUUCUCUAGCUGACACACUGCAUGUACAAAUGCCUGAACUUGAGCCCAGACCUGAAAUACCAGAGUACAAGAGCUUUAACCGGGUGGCCACUCCUUUCGGCGGCUUUGGAAAAGCACCUAAAGUCCCAGUGAAGCCACUUGAGGUGGACACUGUCUCGAGCAUCCCCAGCCUUCCUCCCCCAGCACCUCCAGCAGAACAUGUGUCCGCACGACCCUCCUUCAACAGGACAGCUCUAGGCUGGGUGGCUGAAAGUGCCCCUCUGGUCCUGCCUACUGUCAGCCUAAAGCCCAUGUCGUCCGUGCCGCCCGUGUUUAUCCCUGAGUCUGAUGAGCUCUGAGUUAAGCUUUCAAGACAGAAAAAGUACUGCACUGAAUUUAGUUGAUUCCAGUGUGGGCAUGAUUAUAAUUAAAAUAUGUCACAUGAAGUCAGAGGGGGGUAUUUAUAUUUAUUCUAGUAUGUAUAUUUACAUAAAAUAUCAAUAUAUUUGUGCUCAUUUUAUUUGAACUUUUAACUUAAAUUCAAGCUGUUGAUAUUUAGUUACCGAUUUCUUUAUUGAGUUUAAAUCCAUUAUGUUUUGUUGGUGACAACAUCUCUCUUGUGAUUGGUCAGAACUCUUACUUUGGAGGUUUAUUAUUUUAUUUUAAACCAAAAGAAUCCCACAAAGAGAAGAAUGGAGUAACAUUUGUUUAUUUGAGCCACUUUAGGCCUGUACUGUUAUAGAGCUGUAGUGGUUACAUACACUGACAUUAAAUUUCAUCAGCUUAUGAAAUCUUGAUAGUGACAGGCUUUAUUAUUCAUGAGGAAAUUAUGUACCUAUUUUAAUCAAGUAAGUUCAAUGUGUUGCUUUUUUUUAGUGUAUUGUGAUGCACAUGAAGCUAUAAUUCAGGUUGCAUAUUCAAAGGUGCCCAUGUGCGUGAAGCUGUUUACAGUGCCUGAUAAAGACAUGUAGACAACAUCUAUUUAAACUUUUUUCAAUGCGAAGGAAAGUUCUACAUGCUUAAAUUAUCAUAGUUAGUAAUGUUAUUAAAUUGCAUACUUGUUUACUUAAAAUUUCAUGUCUUAUGUAAAAUGUUGUAGCAAAUCUUUUUGCAUAUAGUUCUACAUAUAUAGACAUUUCUUCAACUGUCAUGUGAAUCUACACCUGUACAUACCAGUACACCUGUAAAUAGACAUAACAUUGAAGAUGUAAUUUAUCCCUUAUUACUGUUAUUUAUAAAAAGAAAAUAAAUGGUGGAAGAAAGACA